AUGUCCAUUAAGUCCAUACCGACCGGCACUUUAUCGCAACCACACUUUGGUCCGAGUGGUGACAAGUCGUCAACAGUUGUCACAAUAGAAUCUAAACCAGCGUUUUGUUCAGCAAAAUACGCGAACAUAACUCCCAAAACACUCACAACUUUACGCGAACCCCCUAUAAGUGCACAGCAAUACCCCUCAACCCCCCUAAACAACCCCUCGGCUGUUAUUAUUGCCAAACCGGUGGUCAAUGCGACCAAACCUUCGCUGUGUUUAUUGAAAUAUGAGAGCAAUAUAUCGGAAAUUCCCGACACUCUAUGCGAUCAUACGGUUAGAGCGCAGCCAUACCUCUCGGCCCCCGAAACCGAUCCCUUUGCGGCCAUUGUUGCCUAUCUUGAGUCCAGAGAUCCCGAGACCACAGAACCCGCGAUAACCGAACCGCUCAUCGCUUACGCCGAACGGCCGGCAAAUGAGUGCCAAUCGCCGCCCAAUGAGACCCAAUCCGAUGAUAAUGACAGCGCAGACGACACAGAGACUGAUCCCAAAGACAUCGAUAAUGAUAAGCGCGAAGACAGCGAUAGUAAACCCGAUGGCACUGAAGACAAACCCGCUGUCAAUGGAGACAAAUCCGGCGUCAGUACUGACCCGAAACCGGAGACCACUUCCGGCAAAGACGAGACCAAAGACACGAAAGACUCAAAGAAACCGUAUUUCAAACGCAAGAGAAGCACUUCUUCGUCGUCGGAUCAGUCAUCAGAUGAUAGCGAUUGCGACGACAGUAAUAGAGAUGACUAUUAUCUGCGACAACGAAAGUCGCCGCAGUGUCGACGCAAUUUCUGGUGGGCUGACCCACAGCUGGACCAACCCUUUCAACCCGAGCCCACGGCCGACACGUAUCUAUUGGAUGCGCCCAAACGUGUGGCCAAACGCCGACAGAGCCGGCGAUCACCGUCUGAAGAGUCGGACGACUCGUUCAUAAACGACGGUCCCGUAGAUGUCGACUACGAGGCCAUCGCGAGAGACAGAAACAGAACCCCGAAGGCUGUUCCCCAAGAGGUGACCACCGAUGACGACGACGACACUGACAGCGAAGACACUGUUGUUGAUGAAGACACGGAAGUGGAUGAGAGAUCAGAUACAGGCGAUAGUGAGGCCACUGAAUGUGAGCCCCAAUACGUGUGCCUAUUCUGCGAUCAAAGACAGCGCCUGUACUGCGAGGCAAUGGAUCACAUGAUUAGUCAUUUUCCCGAAAUCAUGGAUAACACCGGCGACUAUGGGGUCGAGCGUCGGGUCAGGUCGUGGUGUAAGAAGUUUCUGGCAAAACAGUCGGCGCCGGAGUUGUUGAGAGAGUUGACGGACGAAACCGAGUGGUCAGAGAUUAUGGGCAGUAUAUACUGUCCCGUAUGCGAGCGCGUGGCCGACACUAGGGGUCGGGCGGCCAAACCAUUUGACACGUACAACGAGCUCAAAUCGCACGUAUAUAAGCACUCGUGUUGGGCGGCCAUUGAGUGCGGCCUUUGCCACAAACCGGUGGACAAUACGGCCUGCGAUAUACUCCAGCACUUGAACGCACAGCACAAACACUCGCUCCGGGACUCACCCGUAGAGGCCAUACGCCAGUUGAGUGGCAAUCGGGUCAACGAGGGAUGGCUAUCGGGUGACGAGCGCCAGGAGCUCAUUGCACACAAGUUUGUGGCAUUCAGUCGACACGACGUAAUCGACGGACAGAUUGAGCGGUGGUUAGAGGCCUCAAAGGCGGCCCAAGUGGCGCGCCUUCGCCGCCAACAGCCUGUACGGGCCGUACGACUGGCUGUCCGUCGACUGCCGGCCCUUAACUACGAGAAUAAGAGCGACGAAGCGGUCAAGAGUUUAGUCAGCGAUUUGAUCGGUAAGACUCCGGGAGGGGAACCGCCGGCAAAGAGAUGCCGCGGCGAUAGUGAGUCUAACCUCCAAACUCAGGCCAAUAGUAAGUACAGACGCGUUAUGAUAGCACUCGACAGCGAGACAGACAUCGACACCGAAGUCAAUGAUAAUGAAGACAUAAAUAGCGGCGAAAACACUGAAUGCGAUGAUAGGGUUGUCACCGAAGAGAUGCCGAGUACUAGUAGUGAUAGUAAUGUUGGCAAUGGUUUGGUCACAACACCCGCAGCCCAACCCCACCGGCCUUCGGGUGCCUCUAAUAAGCAGUUCCGGUGCGGUGUCUGUCAUAGUCUGUGCGAUAAUAGGCGUGAGAUUGAGGUUCACGUUAAGGCCAGUCAUCCCAACCGUCCCAUUAGUUAUCGUAUAAUUAAUAACUAAUCGCUGUUUUAAUUGCUAUUAAUAUUUCAUUGUUAAUUAUGGUUAAUUU